AUGGCUUCUUCGAGUUCAGUGGAGUGGAAGAAGUCAACAGGACAUGGUCCCAAUGCACCGAAACCUAAGGUAACUAAGCAUCCCAUUCUUGGGUAUUACAUAACCAGCUUGAUGGUUGGCAAGCCGUCAUAUUCUACCGAUUUGAUUGUAAGUACUGGUAGUUAUGAUACAUGGAUGCAACGUGAAGGAUGCACUACUUCUUUCCCCUUAAGGCAAGGUAACUUCGACAGAAAGAAAUCGCGAGCUUAUCGGCCUUUACCUUGUGAACAUCCCCUUUGUGAUCCUCACAUAUGUAUAAAUGGUAGUUGUGCCUCUGAAGUAAGUUAUACGGGAACCGUAAGUAUUACCCCUUAUAACAAGGGGCAGGUCGGAUUAGAGACCUUUAUCUUUCAGGAUGGUUAUAGAUCUAUCAAAGGAUUCCCCAAAAUUGUGUUCAGUUGCGGCCUCGACAACCACAACAUGCAAUGGGUUGUGCUCGGAGAGAAUAGUACCGUGUCGGGAGCAUUAGGCUUGGCAUGGGGGAAGAGGUCUAUUCUGACACAAUAUGCCAAUGAGACUAAAGGAUGCAUCUCAUAUUGCUUGCCCUCAUGGUACGCCGGCGGCGGUACCUAUACAUCGCUCAAUUUUGGGGACAAUGUGCGAAUAGGUGGCCAUCCUAGAUCAAUUGUUCAGACGACAGCUUUGAUUUCUAAUGUGAUGGGCUACAUAGUUAACGUCAUGGGCAUUAGCAUUAAUGGAAAGCGCCUUAAUAUAAACCCCGAGGCUUUUCGAAGAAGACCGGACCACACAGGCGGGUUUGUUCUCGACUCCGGAACUUCGCACACUGGUCUUGUUCAAAUUGCCUAA